GCGUUUCACGGUUCAGCUAGCCAACGUCCAUUGUGACGAGUGCUCAAUAAGCAUCCACCGCGCUCUCAAGGACAUCUUUGAUGUAACAGAGUUCAAUAGAAUUGUGUGCCAUGACAGAACAGCAGAUAAGACAAAGCCCCCAGUUGUUGUGUUUCUGACCGACGGCGAGCUCACGAUUGUUGGUCCAGGCGCCGAUCUUGCAGCUAACGAGGCCCGUGUGCUGCGCAAGUUGGAAAGCUGCGGCUUUGAUGUCAUCUCUUGGGACAUAUCCAAUGACCAAUCCAGGCCCUCGUGGACAGAGCCGAUCAGUCUGGUUUUGCUCAAGGCAAAACGAAUCUUGGCCACCAGCAAGCGCGAAAAACACCAUCGUGAACACUGCAAGAAGUGUCGCGAGGAGUAUGAGCAGCAUGGGGAGCCCGAUCUGCUGAAACGGCUGAAACGGCUGAAACGCAAUACCCAGUCGGAUUCAGAGGACAGUACCGUUGUGGACGUGGAGGUGAAGGCAGAGCCACUCAAGGAAUACCGUGCGCUGCUCAGCAUCCAAGGAAUGACGUGCGCAUCGUGCGUCGGCAGCAUUGAGGCUGCCAUAAGUCAGUGUCUGCAGAGCCUUGGUGUGCCGCUUACGGAAAACGACAAGCCUGUUUUCCAAGUGUCGCUCGUGGACAGCGUGUGCACCGUGUUGCUGCCCGACCGCCAGUAUGUGAAUCACGUGAUCAAGGCUGUGCGGGAGACUGGGUUCGAGUGCACGCUGCUGGAGAUGCUGCCGAUCGAGCGCUCGCAGAAAUACGAGGUGGUGACGCUGAUUGGCGGGAUGACCUGCAGCGCGUGCGCGCAGACGAUCAGCCAGGCGGUCGACGAGAACUGCUCGUUUGUGCUGGAGUGCAACAUCAACAUCGUCAACAAGCAGGGCCUGUUUAUCCUGGAGUCAGCGAGCGACGCAGACCUGCAGCGGCUCCGGCAAUGCGUAGAGGACGUUGGGUACGAGUUUGAGGUGCUGAGUGUGCGGGAGAUCAGCCACGCAGCCACCAAGACCCGCUCGCGCACCGUCAACCUCAAGGUCAGCGGCAUGUACUGCGAACACUGUCCGGAGAUCAUCAACAAGAAGCUGAAUGAGUACGGCGACGUGAUUGUGGUGAAUGACCCGAUCAGCCUGAACCACCCGUACGUCAAGUUCACGUAUGUGCCGAACCCGCCGCAGCUGACGAUCCGCAAAAUCGUCGACGAGAUCAAUGGGUUGAGCGACAAGUUCCAGCUCGAGAUUGUGCGCGUGGCGUCCGUGGAGGAGCACCUGACGCAGCUGGCGCGGCGGGAGCUGUGGCGCAUUGUGCGCAAGCUUGUGCUGUCGACGGUCGUGGCGGUGCCUACGUUUGUGUUUGGCAUUGUGGGCAUGUCGCUGCUGCCAAAGCACAACGCCUUUCGAAUGUGGCUGAUGCAACCGCUGUGGCGCGGCAACGUCUCACGAGUGGUCUGGAUCCUCUUCUUUCUGGCCACGCCGGUGUACUUUUUCGGCGCCAGCAUGUUCCAUCUCAAGGCUUUGCGGGAGGUCCGUGCGCUGUGGAAGCGCAGUGUUCCGUGGGGCCGGCGACUGCUGCGUUUCGGGUCAAUGAAUCUCCUGAUGUCUUUGGGCACGACAGUGGCCUAUGUUGCCAGCAUUGCGAUGCUGGCAUUGUCUGCGCAUGCGCCGCGGGGCAGCGACGGGUUUACAACGACCUAUUUCGACUCGGUGGUCUUUUUGACAUUUUUUCUGAGCAUCGGCAAGCUGCUAGAGAGCUGGUCCAAGUCCAAGACGGCCAACGCUGUCAGCCAGCUGAGCGGGUUCAAAGCCACGGAGGCCACGUUGGUGGAGGACGGUGCUGAGCGCGAAAUUGGCGUCGAUUACCUUGAGCUUGGCGACACCAUUGCAAUAAAGCCUGGAGACUCGCCUCCCGUUGACUGCAUCAUCGUCGAGGGGGAGGCCGAUUUCGACGAGAGCAUGCUGACCGGCGAGUCGCAGGCGAUCCACCACGUUAAGGGCGAUCAGAUAUUUGCCGGGACUGUCAGCCAGGGCCCUGGGACCGUGCGUGCGCAGAUCUCGGCCUUGCAGGGCAAUUCGCUUUUGGACCAGAUUGUUGACAUUGUGCGCAACGGCCAGCUUAAUAAGUCGCCGAUCGAAAAACUUGCCGACAAACUCACCAGCUAUUUUGUUCCCGUUGUGUGUCUAAUCUCGCUGAUUGUCUGGAUAAUCUGGCUCGUUCUUGGAUACACUGUCCUUCCGCCAAGCUAUCUAGACAUUGACGUGGGUGGCUGGGCAGUGUGGUCCCUGCAGUUCUCCAUUGCUGUUUUUGUCAUUGCGUGUCCGUGUGGUCUUGGGCUUGCUGCGCCGACGGCGUUGUUUGUCGGGUCCGGACUGGCCGCCAAAAACGGCAUUUUGGUCCGCGGCGGCGGCGCCUCGUUCCAGCAGGCAGCAAACGUCGAAGUGGUGUGUUUUGACAAGACCGGAACGCUCACCAGGGCAGAAAUUAAGGUCACCGACCACCACGUCUCUGGUGACUUUGCGCUCGCUAUCCAGCUCGCCAGAGACCUUGAACUGGGCUCCAAACACCCACUUGCCGCUGCCGUGCGGAAUUUUGCCUUGGAAAGUGCCAACAGCCGCGGCAUCGAGCUGGGAACCAGGCUUGUCACAAAAGUCGAGGAAGAGAGCGGCCGCGGUGUGUUCGGCGACUAUGAAGACAAGCGUGCGCUUCUGGGUAACGAGAAAAUGAUGGCCGAACAUGGCGUGCUUUUGACGGACGAGAAUAUGCGGCUUCUAGAGGAGUGGAAGAAGCAGGGCAAGAGCGUCGUUUGCGUGGCUGUCGAUAAACAGCUUUUGAUGCUGCUUGCGGCCCGCGACGAGGUGCGGCCGGAGGCAAAAGCCGUCAUCGAAGACCUCCGCCGGCGCGGCGUAGAUGUGUACAUGAUAAGCGGCGACAACCACCUCACCGCAGAGGCCAUUGCCCGCGAGGUUGGCAUCGCUGCUGAUCACGUGAUUGCAAAUGUGCUUCCUCAGGGCAAGUCGGACAAGAUCAAGUGGUUGCAACAAACGUACCACGGCGUGCCAAACAAGCCUACAAAGCCAGCAGUGGUUGCUAUGGUUGGUGACGGCAUCAACGAUGCGCCUGCGCUCGCGACGGCGGACAUUGGUGUCGCCAUGGGCUCGGGGUCGGAUCUGGCCUUGAGCUCGUGCGAUUUUGUCCUUUUGUCGCAGAAACAGCCACUCAAGCAGCUGCAAAUCCUGCUCCAGCUGUCGCACAAAGUGAUCAACCGUGUCAAAUUCAACUUUGGCUGGGCACUGGUCUACAAUGUGAUUGGAAUCCCGAUCGCUGCAGGGGUUAUUUAUCCGUACCAUAACUCGCGUCUGAGUCCUACGUGGUCGAGUUUAGCCAUGGCUUGUUCGAGCGUGAGUGUUUUAUGCAGCAGUCUGGCACUCAGAUGGGAAAGCCGGUUCUGGGGAUGGCGUUCGGAAUGAUUUACCAAAAUCUUAUGAUACUCUAUAAUUACUAUAAGCAG